AUGCCACCAUGUUUUUGCUCUUGCAAUCCACCAUCAACCUCUAUUACAAAGUUUAUCUCAGACCAGCCAUUCCUCUCAAUGCUAGAAACCAAAUGCAAAACAAUGAAAGACCUCAAAAAAAUUCAUGCCCAUCUCAUCAAAACAGGCCUAGCCAAAGACAUUAUAGUAGCUAGCCGUGUAUUGGCCUUUUGCGCCACCAGCCGGGGCGGUGGUGGUGACAUCAACUAUGCGUACUUAGUGUUUUCUAAUAUUGAGAAACCAAAUCUUUUCACUUGGAACACUAUAAUAAGAGGUUUCUCUCAAAGCUCAGCCCCGGAAAAGGCAAUUUCUUUGUUUGUUGACAUGUUGGUGAAUUCGAGUAUUAGCCCCGAGAGGCUUACUUAUCCUUCGGUUUUCAAGGCUUAUACUCAACUUGGACUGGCAAGAGAUGGAGCUCAACUUCAUGGAAGAAUCGUUAAACUAGGCCUGGAAUUUGAUCCGUUCAUACGAAAUUCUGUUAUACAUAUAAGAUUUUCUCAAAAAAGUGAUAGGAUGAAGUUUCAGGUGAUGUAUAAGAAGAAGAAGUUACAAAUUUUAGCUGCUCAACUGAUCCUUGGCUGCAUUCAUAUAAACAUUAAUGAAGUGGAAAAAAAUCCAGAAUACAGUGCAGCUCUUUUCCCACUGGAACCAGCAUAG